CGCCAAAACGCCGAUUCUGCCUCACUUGGACCGCUCGCGAUGGAGAAAAUCAGAUGAAAUAUGAUGAGGAUAUUAUUUUUCUGUGUAUCGACGAAGGGAAGAAACAGUAGAGCUGAGCCGAGACUAAGUUUCUCCAACCAGGGUGCUUUUAUUCCUAAAAGAAAAUAACAACAGCAGCAGCUCCAAGGACAAACAGGUUUUUUCAACACAUCACCAUCCCACCAUGUGCUAAUCUUCUCAGCGUUACCCAAAAGAUAGUGAACACUUUGAGCUGCCGACCUCAUCAACAGUCUUGCACCUACACCAGCUUCCCUAAUGGCCCACCCUUACGAGCCUUGGUUACGGACAGCACCACCAAGUGGCAGCUCAGAAGACAUGAACAUCCCCUCCUGGUGGGACCUCCACAGGGACGUCCAACCGGGGAGCUGGAUAGACCUGCAGACGGGGCAGGGUGUCGGCUUGCCUCCAGUGAGUCCAGGGAGCUCCAUGGGGUUGCAGCACUCUUUAGGGCCCUACGGAUCUGACCCGCAGCUGUGCACCCUGCCUCCAGCUCAACUCGCUCCAGCCUCGCACUCAUCUCACCUCUUCCCUCAGGAUGGCUUCAAGAUGGAGCCACUGGGCCCUGAAAUGCUACAGCAAGAACCGUUCUCCUUAGAGGAACCACAGGAGAGCACUGUCUCAGCCCGGCCCAAGCCGCAGCGCCGAUCCUCUUCCAGAGGUGCUGGUCAGGCUGCAUGUCGCUGCCCUAACUGCGUCCAUGCUGAACAGCUGGGCCAGAGCACUGAUGACAGCAGGAGGAAGCACAUGCACAACUGCCACAUCCCUGGCUGCGGUAAGGCCUACGCCAAGACCUCCCACCUGAAGGCUCACCUACGAUGGCACAGCGGGGACCGGCCGUUUGUCUGCAACUGGCUUUUCUGUGGCAAGAGGUUCACACGCUCUGAUGAACUGCAGCGCCACCUUCAGACCCACACUGGUGCUAAAAAGUUUAGCUGCGCAUUGUGCCCUAGAGUGUUUAUGCGCAAUGACCACCUGGCCAAGCACAUGCGCACACAUGAGUCCCCACCAGGACAUGGGGAGGAGAGGGUGAAUGGAGACGGGAGGAUGGAUAAGGGCUUUGAUACACCAACACCUCCUCAGUCAUCCUCCAAUGUGUCUGCCUCUGACACCAUAGAGCCCCCGCUGAAGCUGAAAUGUGAGACAGACCCCUCGGUCUCCAGCGUGACAGGGCAGUCUGGCUAAUUUCAUCACUCUCAGAAGAAUUUUCUGCAGUUAAAGGUUGACAUAUCUCUGUCAUAGAGGUGUCAUAGUUUUACGAUAGAAUAGAGAAUAGAAAAAAGGUUUGGAGAAACAUGUACGGAUAAAAGUUGGAUGGAACAGGAAGUGUUUGUCCGUGGUCCUGUGAAUUUAUCAACUGGGAUAACUCAGUGAUAAUCUAAAUGUUAUAACACACAGACAAAAAAAACAGGAAUUUUAUUAAUUCUGUGGAUAAAACAUUCCUCUGUUUACUUAAAGUGAAAGGUGGCUAAGGAGGCAACCGAGCUAAAGCUACAGCUUGUUGCUGGACUUCCAUCGCUGCUAGAGCUACUACGACCAGUAGACAAAGAGCCUGGGACGAGAUUAACUGAAGGUGGUUUGUUAACUUGUUUACAACGAAAAAUGAAUCAAAUGUGUUACUGCAGGAGUUGGAGAAACGUUUGUCUCUAACACAGUUUAAUAUACCUGUUUCAAAGGCAGCGUGCUUUUGAACAGAGAAAGGGAGACAGUUUUGUUUUUGUCUCAGACUGUCACCAUAUGUGUGUAGCCUACUGUGCAAGUUGUGAUAAGACACUGGAAUAUAAAACAGCCUUUUGUCAUUUUGAAAAGGUCAGUAGCAGUUUGGAUGGUUGACAGUACAUGCCACAAACUGGGUGUGUGUGUUUAGUUGGUAUGUAAGUAAUUAAAAUGUUACAGAAAGAAAUGAAAGUACGACACACAAUAACACUGUGCUGUGGCAGCAUGCUAUGAUGUUGAUAAUGAUGUUAUAUUAUAUAGUAUAAUAUAAGAAAUGGGAAAACCAUGCACUACAAAGGCACCAAAAAUGGUGUGUUGCUGUUGCCACUGAUGGCAAAACACUUAUUAAUGCGUAUAAUUAUACAGUAGGAGAAUGUGAACUGUGGUUCAGGCUACUGGAUGCAAAAAAACAUUAAGUGUGACAAUGGUGUGAAAAAGUUACGAUCACAUCUAACUGAACCUGAACAAUGAAAAGUAGUCAGAGCCGCUGAGGACAGUGAUGCCCUCCAGUCCUGGGAGGUGAGAACAAGAAGGUAAAGCUGAGCUUCAUGAUCACCAAAGAUGGACAUGGAGAGAAAAUGCUGCCUGGACAAAUGAAUAAAGUGUCUGAUGCUACAUGCUGAUGACAAACAAUCAUAUCUGGUAUGAACACGACCCAACAGGUCCACCCUGUCGACACUACAGCCUGCUGGUGUUGGAUGAAACUUAGUGAGGUAGUUUACUCCUGUGGACUCUGCAGUCCAAAGAUUUGAAGCUGCAAUAAUCAUUUUUUUAUAUUAGCAAUGGAUCAAACUACUCACUCAUAGUGAUGAUCUCACUGAGAAUUAUCGAUCAACUCUGCAGCUCUGAGUAUAUUAUAUGUUUCAGCAAAUUUCAACUCAUAGUUUUCUGGCCCACAACUCUACUGUUUCGGUUUGGUCUCACGACUCUCAUCAACAUCGACAUCUUUAAAGGUCCAGUGUGUCAGAUUUAAGGGGAUAUAUCGGCAGAAAUGAAAUAUAGUACGUUUUCUU